AGGCUGCAGCGCACCCCAAAUUUGAAAUCGGGCAACGUCUCCGCUCUCCAUUUUCGAAAUCCCACUGCCCCCCAUCUCGCCUUCUUCUCCCCAUCCACCUCGCCGCCGCCGCCGCCGCCGCCGCCGCUCUGCCCAGAUCCCGGCCACCGCGCAUCCAUCCCCGCCUCCACCCCAACCGCAGCCGCAGCCGGGAUGCUGUCGGACGGCGACGACGACAGCUCCGCCCCCGCGCGGUUCGAGCUGCAGGAGGACCCGUCCUUCUGGAAGGACAACAACGUGCAGGUCGUCAUCCGCGUCCGGCCGCUCAGCAGCAGCGAGGUGUCGCUGCAGGGGAGCAAGCGAUGCGUCAGGCAGGAUACUGGCCAGAGCAUCACCUGGACCGGCCACCCGGAGUCCAGGUUCACCUUCGAUCUGGUCGCCGACGAGCACAUCACGCAGGAGAGCCUUUUCAAGGUUGCUGGGGUGCCCAUGGUGGAGAACUGCAUGGCUGGCUACAACAGCUGCAUGUUUGCUUAUGGGCAGACCGGCAGUGGCAAGACCCACACGAUGCUCGGGGACAUAGAAAAUGGCACGCGGAGGAACAACGAGCACUGCGGUAUGACGCCCCGAGUGUUUGAGCACCUGUUCUUAAGGAUCCAGAAGGAGAAGGAAAUAAGAGGGGACGAAAAGCUCAGUUUUACUUGCAAAUGCUCGUUCUUGGAGAUAUAUAAUGAGCAGAUCCUGGAUUUGCUCAAUCCAAAUGCAACGAAUUUGCAGUUAAGAGAGGAUGUGAAAAGGGGUAUGCAUGUUGAGAAUCUGACUGAACAUGAGGUUUCCAAUGCUCGAGAAGCAAUGCAACAACUUAUUGAGGGGGCAGCAAACAGAAAGGUGGCAUCCACCAAUAUGAACAGAGCAAGUAGCCGCUCUCAUAGUGUUUUCACAUGUCUUAUAGAGAGUAAGUGGGAAUCUCAAGGCAUCAAGCAUCAUCGAUUUUCUCACCUUAACCUUGUUGACCUUGCUGGCUCAGAGAGGCAAAAGAGCUCAGGUGCUGAAGGGGAACGCUUGAAGGAAGCUUCAAACAUCAACAAGUCACUCUCAACUUUAGGGCAUGUUAUUACCAGCCUUAUUGCUGUGUCAAACAAAAAAUCACAGCAUGUUCCAUACCGAGAUUCGAAAUUGACAUUUCUCCUGCAGGACUCACUUGGAGGUAAUUCCAAGACCACUAUAAUUGCAAAUAUAAGCCCAUCAAGCUGCUGCGCCGCUGAGACGUUGAGCACAUUAAAAUUCGCGCAACGGGCUAAGCACAUUCGGAAUAAUGCUAUUAUAAAUGAGGAUGCCUCUGGUGACGUUCUGAGCAUGCGUUUAGAGAUCCAACAUCUCAAGAAAGAGCUCAGCCGCCUGCAAGGACAAUCUGGAUUUACUUCCAAUGGAUCUAUCUGCCAGUCCCCUAGCGCAUUCAAAUGGGAUCAAGCUCAUGGCCAAUUCAGUCCACUUAUGUUUGAUAAGGGAGCUACACAGAUGAAAGAUUAUGAUACUGCACUUGUCGCCGCUUUUAGGAGGGAGCAAGAAAAAGAAGCAAAACUAAAGGCAGCAAUUGCUGCAAAGCAGAUUGCUGAACAGCUGGCGACUCAAAGAUCAGAAGAGGUGAGAAGUUUCAAGAUGAGGCUUCGCUUUCGUGAAGAUCGAAUCAAGAGACUGGAGCAACUUGCAUCAGGGAAGCUAUCCGCUGAAGCACAUCUAUUGCAAGAGAAGGAAGAUCUUGUGAAGGAAAUAGAAGCUCUACGUAGUCAACUAGAACGGAAUCCAGAAAUUACAAGAUUUGCUAUGGAAAACCUACAACUGAAGGAGGACCUUAGAAGGUUGCAGUCAUCUGUUGAUGAAGAAGAACAGGAAAGAAUGCAGCGACAGAUAACUGUUUUAGAACAUCAGCUCCUAGAAGCACUUGACUGGAAACUUAUGAAUGAGAAGGAUCCUGUUAAGAAGGACCUCUCACUAUUUGGAGAGGUAGAUGGUGAUGAGAAUAAUGAGUUUCUUCGUUUACAGGCUAUUCAAAAUGAGCGAGAAAUCGAGUCACUGCGUAAAAAUUUGAAUGUCUGUUAUCAAGCAAAAGAGAAACUUGAGAGGCGUGUUGAUGAGUUGACUGUAGAGUUGGAGGCAGCGAAGAAAUGCGACCAUGAGAACAAAAAAUUUGAGGUUGCACAGCUCCAGGAACAAUCAGUCCUGCUUGAUGCUCAGACGGAACUUAAGACAUUAGUUGAUGCAAUAGCUACUGCAAGUCAAAGAGAAGCAGAAGCUCAUGAAACUGCAAUUGGGUUGGCAAAAGAGAAUGAGGAAUUGAGAACAGAGCUUAAGGUCUUGAUCGAUGAUAACAAGAGAUUGGUUGAGCUCUAUGAACAGGCUAUUGUCAACAUCGGGGUGAAACAAGAUAGCUCUGUUCUUCAAACUGAAGAUGUGAAUGAGCAGCAAAAUAGCCAUCCUUCCUGUGGAGGGAGUACUGUGAAUGGUUGCCUGCUAGAUGACCAACCAGAGGGUGCAACAGGUUUUCCUGCAAAUGGUUCAUCCACUGAUGCUGUAGAAGAGCCUGAGAUGGUGGACGAAAAAUGCAGCCACAAGGAUGACCUUUCGAGAUCUGAAUUUUCGGAACUGCAACUUCAACUGGAAGAGAUGCAUGAAGAAAACGAUAAACUUAUGAGUCUGUACGAGCAAGCUAUGCAAGAAAGGGAUGAAUUUAAAAGGAAAGUUUCUGAGCAAAGCAAUCCUGAAACUACUGAGGACAUUCAGUUCAGAGAGACAGAUGCUGGAAUGGAUGAAGCAAUGGAUACUGAGAUUCAGUUCAGAGAGACAGAUGCUGGAAUGGAUGAAGCAAUGGAUACUGAGAUUCAGUUCAAAGAGACAGAUGCUGGAAUGGAUGAAGCAAUGGAUACUGAGGGUAUCCAAGGAGAACAAGUGCAUGACUCUCCCAUUGUAGCUUUUAAAGAGGUGCUGCAGCUUGUUCGGGUUAAGCUGGAGCAUGUCCAAGACAAGCUUGUGACUGCCCAGGAUGCAGUGCAAUACUUUAAACUACUCGAAAUGGCUAGUACUAAGGCAGAAGAACUUUCAGCAAGCAUUCAGCUCUGUUGCCGAGAUGUUCAGCAAGGGCAGGAAGACAUGAAUGCCCUCAAGCCGCAACUGUCAGAAUCACAGGAGAGAGAAAUUUCUUCGGAAGGCAAGCUUUUCUCGCCUGCGCCUGCAGCAUUAUGUUGGGACUUGCAUUUGGAAACCAAAGCCCUUGCUGGGUCCAAGUUUGAUGUCAGCAUGGAAUUAAUGAAUAAUAAGAUGGAAGAGUUGAGUAACCUGCGAAUUCUCAAAACUGAAGUUUCUGUUGCGUUUACAAAAGCACAGGAGUCUGAAACUGAUUUGAGAAACAAAAUCGAUGGUCUUAAACAAAAGUACCGUUCUUUGGAAGCUCAAAGGAACGAGACAGAAAAGGUUCUCUUUGCUAUUGAUAAUUUGAAGAGCCCUGCUACCCCAUUGCUGAAACCCAAGAAUUUUGGCAAGGCAUCUGAACUCCUGAGUUUGGAAGAGGGGAGAACAAAGCUUUUAGCUGAGAUGAAGAGGUUCCGCGAACAGCACAGCAUGGUGCAAAAGGAAAUAAAAGGCCUGAAAAAGUAUGACGAUCUUGAUGAUAAGAUUUCAUGCCUUGAAUCAGAGGUAGAGGAUUGCUACCGCUCCCUGCUGGAGGCUGAUACCGAGAAGUUUGUCCGAGAUUACACCUUAGCUGAAAUUUGGGAGGGUGAACUGAAGAGCAAGCCGAGCUUACUGGUUGACUACCAGGAUAGCAUCUUUCAAGUCAGCUUGAAGGAGGAGGAGAUCAGGCUAUGUGAGGAGUCACUGCAGCACCAGACAAUGUCCUUGGAUGAGCUGAAUCCAAAGCUAAAUCAAGCGAUGCGGGACCUCGGCAAGCUUCUGCGUGACAGAACAUCUCGCGGUUCGGAUGCAUCCGCUCUGCACGUUUCCGACAAGGUGAAAGGGGACCUCGACGCCAUGGAGGUUCAUGUUGCUGAAGCUAGACAACUCCUGCUCAUCGACAACCAAAGCGAUUCGUGAACCUCUCCAAGUACCAAGUAGUCCUCACCGAUGAAACGACUGACAGGCUAGUCUGUCUUCGCCUUCAUCUGUACACAUCCUCUGUAGCAGAACAGCUGUUAUCAAGUGUUGCCAUAUCGAUUCCGUUCUGUAGAUGGAAUUCAUGACUCAUGAGGUGGGCUGUAACUUUUUUGGUGUGACCUCCUAUUCUCGGGCGGUCUGGCAUCCAGAGCUAUCAGCAGGCCCCUUAUGUAAGUUAGGCAGAUUUAGAUCCUCUCCCUUUAGCUGUGGAAUUCAUUUUACAAGACAGCGACUGAUUGUACAAGAUAUUGAUUUCAAGAGGGCUUGAUCCUUUUCUGUUUCUGUAUCACAAUUUAUGGCAACCGUCAUAGUUGCUUGUAUAUGUUCGUUGCUUGUAUAUGUGAAGAAUGCUACUGAUGUUUCAGUUCUUGGCAGGAAUUGCAGCCUGACGAAUUUGUUUUUCUUUA